CUGAAUGACAGUCAACAUGAAGCCUUCGUCGGUUGUGGUUGUUCUACUUUCAGUAAUUCCUUACUGCUACAGUAAACAGUAUCGUUUCGACAACCACCAAGUGUUUUCCAUAGAUAUUCACACCGAAAAGCAACUGACUGUAUUGCGGGAGCUCGAAGAACUCCCGAAUGUGUACACCUUCCUGGAUCAUCCAUCGGCAGUCAAUACCAGCGUACAGCUAGUGGUUCCGCCAUACAGGCAGCAACAGUUCAAUCAAAUAUCCUCUCAAUUCGGAUUUGAUCAGGUUCUAGUUUGCAACAAUUUACAGAGUGUUAUAAAUAACGAACGACCGAAUCGAUACAAACGUUCUGCUUUUGGGUGGGAAGACUACUACACACUGGAGGAGAUCUACUCCUGGCUAGACGAAAUUCAACUACAGCACUCGGAUGUUCUCUCCGUGCAAAGUAUAGGCGAAUCAUACGAAGGACGUGAAAUAAAGCUAGUAAAACUCUCGUACAAGGAAGGAAAUCCUGGAAUUUUUGUCGAUGGAAAUAUCCAUGCACGAGAGUGGAUCACUUCAGCUACCGUCACGUGGAUAUUGAAUGAACUGCUAACCUCCGAGAACAGUGCUGUUCGUGAUCUAGCUGAAAACUUUGAUUGGUACAUCAUCCCAGUGGCGAACCCCGAUGGAUUCGCAUACUCUCACACAACGAAUCGACUAUGGAGAAAAACUAGAUAUCCAUAUACGGUUCUUUGUCAAGGAGCCGAUCCUAACCGAAAUUUCGAUUUUCAAUGGAACAAUGGUGGAGCCUCACUGAAUCCCUGUUCGGAUAAUUACGCAGGGACACAUCCUGAGUCAGAAAUAGAGGUGCACAAUAUUGCGAACUACAUCCGAUCGAUUGCUGACAAGCUCAAACUUUAUCUAACGAUCCACUCAAGAGGUCAAUAUGUUCUACUUCCUUUCGGGUACAACGAUGCACCCCAUCCACCGAACUACGGAGAUCUAAUGCAAAUCGGGGAACGAGCUGUCGUCGAUUUAUACAAGGUUCAUAAAAAACCGUACCGAGUCGGUACAACCGCGGAUAUUCUUUACACAGCUUCAGGAAUUUCAGUAGAUUGGGUCUACGGUGCAGCAAACAUUCCGCUGGCAUAUACCUUCGAGCUCCGUGAUCAAGUGGAAUUUGGUUUCAUUCUACCAGCAGAUCAAAUUGUUCCGAACGCCGAGGAAGUAUUAGCGGCGCUCAUUGGAUUGGUUGACGAGUCUCGUGUUCUGGGAUAUUUUUGUACCAUAUUCAAAAUGGCAUUCGCACGUAUUUGCCUUCUAAUCGUUGCAGUUUUGUCCGCAAUAACUGCCGAGCAAGCCCGUUUCGAUAACUAUCGAGUGUAUCAACUGCGCAUCGAAACCACCCAGCAACUGAAAACCUUACAGUAUUUGGAGGACCAUCCGGAUGGCUACAUUUUCUGGGAAUCUCCGGUGCAAACCAACAUGGAUCUGAAUCUGGUCGUUCCCCCUCAUAAAUACGCCGAUUUCGAAGAGUUCACCACUAAACUUAAUUUGCGACCCAGCUUGAAGAUCAAGAAUUUCCAGAAAGUAAUCGAUAACGAGCGACCGAACAAAAACAGACGCAACGGUUUUGGUUGGCAGGAUUACUAUUCAACGGCCGAAAUUUACGCCUGGCUGGAUGAAAAGGUCGAGCAGUACCCAUCUAUACUAACCAGUACAAUCUAUGGUAAAUCAUACGAAGAACGUGACCUAAAAGCCGUCAAACUGUCACACAAGGAUGGAAAUCCAGGAAUCUUCAUCGAGGCUCAUAUUCAUGCACGGGAAUGGAUUUCAUCGGCCACGGCGACUUGGAUUCUGAAUGAACUUCUUACCUCUUCGGAUAGUGCAGUUGUUGAUUUAGCACAAAACUACGAUUGGUACUUCAUAAUGGUGGCUAAUCCGGAUGGUCUAGAAUUUUCGCGUAACAGUAAUCGAAUGUGGCGAAAAACCCGACAGCCUUCCGGUAUCUUGUGUGUAGGCACAGACGGGAACAGAAACUUCGAUUACUUUUGGAACACUGGAGGAUCCUCCUCUAAUGCAUGUUCGGACACAUUUGCUGGUCCAAACGCAUUUUCUGAACCAGAAACGGCUGCCAUGUCCGAGUACUAUAAAACAAUUGCUGAGAAUAUUAAGCUACAAUUCUCAUUCCACUCCUACGGUCAAUAUCUUUUAACCCCAUAUGGAUAUCAAGGUUCUCCAACUCCAUCGAACAACGAUGAUUUGCAGCAAAUUGCGACAAAAACUGCAGCAGCUAUUCAAGCAACCUACGGAACUAAUUACACAUAUGGAAACAGUGCUGAAGUGCUGUAUGUCACAUCGGGAGGUACCAACGAUUAUUUCAUGGGAGUUCAUGGUACCAAAUUGUCCUACAUAUUUGAAUUCCGAGACACCGGUAGCCAGGGAUUUGCGUUAUCUGCGGAUCAAAUCGUGCCAAACGCACAAGAAACUCUCAAUGGAUUGAUUGCUUUGGUUGCCGAAGCAAAGGCUUUAGGAUAUUUCUGAGACAUAAUAGUCUAUAUAUUUUGGGUUGUAAACAUUAUGAAUAUUGCAUAAACAUAAUUCAGUUUCGUUGUCCUUGCAUUUUGAAAAGACGAAUGUACGAUGUCAGUAGGUCGUCCAUCUUGUAGCCUUGUUUCGUUUCCAGUAGUAAUUUGGAGGAACCCAUCAUGUUUCCAAACUUUAUAUGAAAAAAUGUAUUUCCCGAACUCCAGAAGUUUAAUUCCAUGAAGCUGUAUUCUGCCAACACAUCCUAAAAUAAAGUAUUUAUCGUAUUUGUUAUUCCUUA